CUGGCAGGGGGCUGUGCUUUUUGGUCAGCCCUGCCCCCACCGACCCACCCCGCACACAAAAGCAGCGUAAUUAACCAUCUUAAGGAAGCCGAGCCUCCGACAGCUGCGAGCUGGAAAGAGGAAAAUACCUUAGAGGCACAGGCUGCGACGAUGACAGGGGACGCAGCUGCCACGGAGCGAGAGGGAGCCGACAGCUAGCUGCGAACCGCUCCCCACCCUCAGACAAAAGCGCCCCUCUGCGCCGGCCGCGUUGCUCUGGGUGACCUUGCUUGGAUGCAGAGUCCACCCCUGCGCGCAUCUUCUGUUACUCCGAAGGCCCGGGGACCCGCUCGGAACACCAGGGAUGCCGGGCAGCAGCCGCGCGGGGUUCGCCUUUGUCUGCGCCUAAUCAGGAGAGGUCGCGGAGGUAACCAGCACUCACCGCGGAGAAAUCAUCCUUGCUUCAAGGCUGGUGCCUCUUCCCAGAUCCCAUGGGAACAACAGAAGCCACACUCCGGAUGGAAAACGUGGAUGUGAAGGAUGAAUGGCAGGAUGAAGAUCUUCCCAGGCCAUUACGGGAAGAGACGGGGAUGGACUCGCUUGGCAGUCCAGCGGAAGACACGUCCUCCCCUCCCAACACGUUGAACUUCAACGGAGCCCACCGUAAGCGGAAGACACUGGUCGCUCCAGAGAUCAACAUUUCCCUGGAUCAGAGUGAGGGCUCCCUGCUGUCCGAUGACUUUUUGGACACCCCUGAUGACCUGGACAUCAACGUGGAUGACAUCGAGACCCCUGAUGAGACCGACUCACUGGAGUUCCUGGGGAAUGGCAAUGAGCUGGAGUGGGAAGAUGACACCCCCGUGGCUGCUGCCAAGAACAUGCCUGGGGACAGUGCAGACCUGUUUGGGGACGGCUCGGCGGAGGAUGGCGGAGCUGCCAAUGGGCGCCUGUGGCGGACGGUGAUCAUCGGAGAACAAGAGCACCGCAUCGACCUGCACAUGAUCCGUCCCUACAUGAGGGUAGUGACCCACGGAGGGUACUAUGGCGAAGGUCUCAAUGCCAUCAUCGUGUUUGCGGCCUGCUUCCUCCCAGACAGCAGCUCCCCCGACUACCACUACAUCAUGGAGCACCUCUUCCUGUAUGUCAUCAGCAGUUUGGAACUGCUGGUGGCAGAGGAUUACAUGAUCGUGUACCUGAACGGCGCCACCCCCCGGCGGAGGAUGCCGGGCAUCAGCUGGCUGAAGAAGUGCUACCAGAUGAUCGACAGAAGAUUACGGAAAAACCUGAAGUCCCUAAUCAUCGUCCACCCGUCCUGGUUCAUCCGCACCGUGCUGGCCAUCUCCCGCCCUUUCAUCAGCGUCAAAUUCAUCAACAAGAUCCAGUACGUGCACAGCUUGGAAGACCUGGAGCAGCUCAUCCCCAUGGAACAUGUGCAAAUCCCAGACUGCGUGCUACAGUAUGAAGAGGAAAGGCUCAAGGCCAGGAGAGAAAGUGCAAGGCCACAGCCGGAGUUCGUCCUGCCCAGGCCAGAAGAGAAGCCAGAGGCGGCACCAGCAGAGCACAGGUCUGCUCCAGUCACAGAAGAUCAGGAAACAAGCAUGUCCUGAGGUGACGGGAGUGCAGAGAACACGGAGGGAAAUGCCAGACGCCAAGGAACCUGUCAGACGCCCUCUGGCCCUGGACCUCAUCCUCACCUCAUCCCGAGCCCCGGCCCUCGGAGGGUGCCUGCUUCCUCCUCCCAUCUCUGAACCCAGCAUCCUUUUUAGCUGCUUGAAAACAUUUUUUAAAAUGAUGCAGUAGUCGUGCAUUCUGGAAAAGAAUCCAAUUCUCAGCCCUUCACCCUUCCAGACUCGUGAGCUCACAGCGGAGAAGAGAGAAGCACGGGGCCUGUGUGUCCUGGGUGGCCUCAGAGUCCCCUACCACUGCACAAAGUCCUGGUUUAAGACCCUUCUCUUGCUUGACACCUGGCCGAGGUUGGAGCCAUAGAUGCCCACCAGCUCCCUGGCUGGAUCUGGAACUCGUUCUUGUGCCUUUCCUCCCAGAGUGGCCCCCGCAGUCCUGGGCAUCUGGCCAGGAAGUUCGGCUCCCCAGUAGGGCUGUGCCCUGGGCACCUUCAACCUUAUGACUUUUCCUCUGACUGGCCCCCUUUGUCUCUGAGGACACCCACACCUGACGUGACAGCAGGAGCUCACAGCACCAGCGAGAGCUGCCGCUGCUCAUCCUUGUCCUACACUCGCAAAAUCACAGACUCUCUCAACCUAGAACAUUCUCAAGCCCCUUUAACACAGAUGCCGUGCCACAGGGCAAUCCGAUCAAUACCUCAUAAGGGAAUGAGUUGUCCCCACUUCUCCAAACUCCCCGAUGCAGGAUUGGGAUGUACCCCUUGGGUUCCCACCAAGGCUGAGAAGCUGGCUCUGAAAUAGGUUCAUUUCGGGAACACAGACCAAGAAAAAGGAAGAUACAGGGUAUUGGAUGUUUGUUUGUUUCAAAGGCCACCUAGAAACACAAACCCCGGUGGAAUGGACGCUAUAGCCACCUGCAUUCAAAGGAGACAGUCUUUCCUAAUGUGGGCUAAACACCAAUCAGGCGGCCUCUAGAGGUAGUGAGUGCCCCAUCUCCAGAGGUAUUUAAGUAAAGACUGGACAGUGCUUGCAGAAACAGGUCCUCUGAGACCACUCCAAUCCUAACAGUCUCUAUUUCUAUGAGUCUGAGCAAAAGUUGAGCAAGCACACACUCCAGGCCCCUCUUGCUGGCUCUGCAGCUGGCUUCUUAGCUGGGUGUCACCGAGGCUCAGUUUCCAAGCCUGAGGUUCUUGGCCUCGGUGGGAAUGCCGAAUGCCUGUUGACCCGGGGCGACAGUGGGCUGCGUUUGGAGCUAUCCCAACAGCAGGAGGGAUCUAGUGGCAUUUAGUGUUAAGAAAAGGGAUGCCCAGCGCUUUGCCGCAUCGAGGAACUGCCCCAAUGCCAGCAGCUCCCUCCUUGAAAACUGCCAGGUUUCCGAGCUGCUCUGGGCCUGCACAGGCCGGGACCUGGCAUUGCCCCCAUGAGGCUAGGACAUUCGGGGGCCGAGUGGGGUUUUUUAAUGUGUGGUUCUGCUCUCUUUCCCAAAUGUCAGAUAAGGACAGGGACCCUGUUCUGGGCCCAGGUGAGUCACCUGGAGCCUGAGGCAGCCGAGGUUGGUGGAUGGGCCUCUAGGCUGCCUCCAAAAGGCCUGUGUCCCAGGCCCUAAACUCCAGGUUCAGGUGGCCUGCUCUGCUCACCUGAGACCCUCAUGGUCCUGAGAGGCCCUAACUCCCACCCCAGUGACCACAGCAACACCUGAUAGGCUGGCACUUUGCUGCAGGAACAAAAAGGGGCAGGAACAGUUCGUUCUAUUCCACCUAGUGAUUACUAAGUGCCUGCAGCGGCGAUGGACUGACAAAGGUGCUGAGCCCAUUCAGCCCACGAGGACCCUGCAGGAUAAAGACUCUGGCGGCACGAGAAAUUCAACGCGUUCAAUGAGGCCACCGUCCCUCCCUACCACCAGCACCACAGACAACCAAUGGGCAAGCAGAACCAAGGUCCCCGGCCACCACAGCCACAGCAGCCCUUCCGGAGCAAAGAGAGACCCCGCCCCCAGGAGGCCGUCUCCAGGCCGGCCGCCUGUCACAGGUGCGAGAUGUUCUGAAGCACAGCUGCGUCCCAACGGGGCCACUGCGUCCAGGCAGGCUGCCAUCUGCAGCCUCUGACAUUGGCUUUCUGAAAGAUUUGUAUUUGUGGGGCAGUUUUGGCCAAAAUGCGAGGGACCUGGAUCCCUUGUCAUGAAGGAACGUUGGGUUUUCCUCUUGUAACACACGGGGGGCAUCCUAAGUCCUGCCCCAAAGUCCAAGUUCACACACCCAUCCUUCCCAUGGGGAGUUUUGUGGUUUUUAAAGACAAACCCACAAUUCAUUAUGGUUAUUGUUGUGAUGUGAGAACAUCAUUUCCAUAAACUUUGGGGGGGUUUUAUGUGAAAUAAACUAUAA